UUCGUUUUUUAAUGUACGUAAUUGCAUUCUCUUUGUAAAUAAUUAAUUUAUAUUAAAUCAAACAAUUUACUGUUAAUUUAAUAUUUUUAGUGAGUGAACUUAACAAUUUAAUAAUCCCAAAUUUCUCUACUAUUGCGAAAAAGAAUUUCACAAUGAUUGCGAAGAAAGACGAGUGCACUUACAAGAAAGUAAUUCAAAAUGCAGACGAUUCAACUGAUGCCGGUUUGGAGAGUCCGGCAUCCUCAAGUUCCUCGACUUCCAACAUUAGAGGAGCAGUUCCUAAGCAAGCUUUUAAGAACUACAACUCUCCAGUUCCGGGUCGAAAUGCUGCCGAGUACAACAUGAACCACAAGAAUCGCGGCAUGGCUAUAAUCUUCAAUCAUAAAUAUUUUGAUGCAGAAAUGAAACAGGAGCCCCGUCGGGGCACCGAUGUGGACAGUGCGAAUUUGGACAGAGUGCUAAAGCAGCAUCACUUUGAUGUUAUCCAACACAAUGACUUCUGCUACAAUCAGAUUGUGAGAGUAAUUAAGAGAGCUGCUUUUGAAAAUCACGAUAACAACGAUUGUAUAUUAAUUGCCAUACUCUCCCAUGGAAAUAUGGGCUAUAUUUGUGCCAGCGACACCAAAUAUAAGCUAGCGGAUAUCUGUAACCUCUUAACGCCCAACAAUUGUCCCACGCUGGCUGGCAAACCGAAGCUGUUCUUUGUGCAGGCUUGCCAGGGGAAGCAAAUGGAUGAUGGCUGCAAAAUUCAAACUGACGGCGACUCCCAAAUGGGCUACAAAAUACCGCUCCAUGCGGAUUUUCUCAUUGCCUACUCCACCAUACCAGGAUUUCUCUCCUGGCGCAAUCCCCUGAAUGGAUCCUGGUUCAUUCAGAGUCUGUGCCUGGAGCUGGAAACUAAUGGAAAACGCUUGGAUUUAAUGACUCUGCUGACAUUCGUCUGCCGGCGUGUUGCUUUCGAUUUUGAAUCCCAUACAAACGAUCCAAGAAAGGAUCAGAAGAAGCAGAUUCCUUGCAUUACCACAAUGCUUACGCGCAUCGUAUUAUUUAGCGAAAAGCCAAAAUCAAAUUCCAAACUUUUUUAAGUUUUACAGCUGACUUUGUUUACUUUUUUAGCUGAUAUAGCUAAUAAGUACAACAAUAAGAAAUUUUGGUGUAUUGCAUGUUGUCCUAACAUAUUUCUAUCAUAUUGAUUUAUUUAGUUCAAAUUUGCUAACAUAACUGUUAUUUACGGUCCCUGAUUUAAAUGCAAUUUGAUACCAGAAAAUAUACACAAAAUAUUAAUUUUAAA